AGUUCAGUUCAUCUGUUUUCAUUUUUAAAUAAUUUCAUUUCUAUUUGUUUGUUGUUGGUUAACAUACGUUUGGUUUAGUGAGUAAUGGAGAUUUGUAGGUAGUUUUAGCGUAGUAAAGUUUAAAUGAAUAGUGAUUAGUGGACAAAUAUUAUGUUGCGAAAUGGUUAAGAGUGUAUCUUUUAUGUUGUGAGUUUCGUAAUUUGGUUAUUGUGCCUCCACAGAAGUAAACAGCUUCCAAUCCCAAAGUAAUAAUACAUUUUGCUAGAUUUUCAUGAAAACUUAUAAGUUGGCUACAGUACAAUGGCAGAAGAUGAAGAUGGCAAAGAAUACCGCUGGGAAACUGGCUACGAGAAGACUUGGGAAGCGCUUCAAGAGGACGACGAUGGCUUGUUGGAAGCGUCUGUGGCAGACAUCAUCCAGAGGGCUAAGCGCAAACGCCAGGCCGAAAGAAAGGGUCACACCAAGCUGGGCAUGAUGAGACAUCUCUACCUCAUCAUCGACUCAUCAGAAGCCAUGCUCGAUCAGGAUCUGAAGCCAACGAGACAGCUGUGCACAAAUAAGCUGUUGGAGGGUUUCAUUGAGGAGUUCUUCGACCAGAAUCCUAUCAGUCAGAUGGGUAUGAUCUCGACCCGCAACAAACGAGCAGACAAGGUGUCAGAACUCGCUGGCAAUGCUCGCAAACACCUGAAUGUACUCCAGGCACAGUUCAGCCAACCAUCACAGUGUAGUGGGGAGCCGUCCCUGCAGAACGCCCUUGAGUUGGCAGCAUCGUCACUCAAGAUGUUGCCGUCGCAUGCUAGCCGAGAGGUUCUGAUAAUACUGGGCAGUCUGACCACAUGUGAUCCCGGUGACAUCAACCAGACUAUCGUGUUGCUGAAAUCACACAAUGUGAGAGUGUCAGUGAUUGGACUGGCAGCAGAGGUGCGAGUGUGCAGCGCUCUCUGUCGAGAGACUGGUGGCACCUACAGUGUGGUCCUGGAUGAUAGACACUUCCGUGACCUGUUGUAUCAGCACGUGGAGCCCCCUCCCUCCGCCGCGGCUGGCAGCCAAGAGGCCAGCCUCGUCAAGAUGGGCUUCCCCCACCAUGAGAUGACAGAGGGGCGCAGCUCUUCGCUCACCAUGUGCAUGUGCCAUAUUGACAGCACAUCGGACGCCAGUAAGUUGAAGAGUGGGGGCUACUUCUGCCCACAGUGCCGCAGCAAGUACUGUGAACUGCCCACAGAGUGCAGGGUGUGUGGGCUGACUCUGGUCUCGGCCCCUCACUUGGCCCGUUCCUACCACCACCUGUUCCCUGUCCAGGCCUUUGUCCAGUUGGACUUACACAGCACCGACCAGCGGUACUGCUACUCUUGCCGUGUUCGUUUCGGUGACAACGAGAAAUAUGUGUACAGCUGUGGGACAUGUCAUCGCGUGUUCUGUCUCGAGUGCGACAUGUUUAUACAUGACACUCUCCACACAUGUCCUGGCUGUGCGACGCAUCAGUCCACAUUCCUUCAGCAAGGAAGAUAGAAGUACAAAUUAGUGUAUUUAGUACCAAGUACUAUUGUACCUUUUCUUAGUAUUAAACUUUUUUUUAUUUACGAGGUUAA